AAGACCGCCACAACAGAAAAGAAUUUCAAACAGCAAUACUCCAUUGUCGAUUCUCGUGUCAGCAUCUCAAUACAUCACCAGUUCACUUAAGAAAACGCACUUCCUUCUUCUUCUUCUUUAUUUUUUUCUUCUUCGGUCACGUGCAUGGAUAGUUGCCGGGACCUCUGCAAGUGUUGCCUCGGCAUCGUCUUCUCCCUGGGUUUCUCGGCGCUCUUCCUCUGGCUCAGUCUCCGCACGGACCCUCCCAAAUGCUCCCUCCAAUCUCUCUCUCUUCUCGCCCAAAACGACACCGUCGUCUUCCAACUUUCCCUUCGAAACGUCAACAAGGACAAGGGCGUCAAAUACGGCGUCGUUCUCGUCACCUUCGCGCUCUUCCUCGACAACACCACCACGCGCCCUCUGGCCAACGCCACGCUCCUCCCAUUCUACCAGGGACGCGGAAAAACCGCGCGCAAGUGGGGUUCCGCCGUGGCGCCGCGCUUAGCCCGACUCAACCUCACGGCGGCGGUGAAGAACGGGAAUGUGUUCCUGCGCGUGGAGUUCGCUACUCGGGUGAAGUACAAGGUGUGGCUGUCGUUUUACAUUAAACGGCACCAUUUGGUCGGAGGGGCUAAUGUUGAGAUUAAUGCUAGCUCCGGGGAGAAGGUGGAGCCUAAAGCGAUUAGGCUCGGAGACGUCCCUCCCAGGCUCGGGUCCCGAGCUGCGAUGGUUCGGAGUUCGUAUGUGGCGGUUGUUGGAGUUUUUGUCACAGUUUUUUUUCUCACUUGUGUUGACCGUUGACUAUUGAGUGUGAUAUGUUUAAUUAUAAUUGGUAAUUUAUAUUGUGUUGAAUUGCUUUGAUGCUGAGACGGUGGGU